AUGGCAUCCUCAGGAGCAGCCAUGGGGACCCCAGUGCCAGGCUCAGCCGAGAUGCCGCGCCAAUUCCCCAAGCUGAACAUCUCCGAGGUGGAUGAGCAAGUCCGGCUCCUGGCCGAGAAGGUGUUUGCUAAAGUACUCCGGGAAGAGGACAGCAAAGAUGCCUUGUCCCUCUUCACAGUCCCUGAGGACUGCCCCAUCGGGCAGAAGGAGGCCAAGGAGAGGGAGCUGCAGAAGGAGCUGGCGGAGCAGAAGUCCUUGGAGACUGCGAAAAGAAAGAAAAGUUUUAAGAUGAUUCGAUCCCAGUCCCUGUCUCUGCAAAUGCCGACACAGCAAGAUUGGAAGGGUCCCCCGACAGCCAGCCCGGCCAUGUCUCCUGCAACCCCCGUGCUCCCUGGAGCCACUUCCCUGCCUGCGCCCGCACCCUAUGCCAUGCCCGAGUUCCAGCGGGUCACCAUCAGUGGAGACUACUGCGCUGGGAUCACCGUGGAGGACUAUGAGCAGGCUGCCAAGAGCCUGGCCAAGGCCCUGAUGAUCCGGGAGAAGUAUGCCCGCCUCGCGUAUCACCGCUUCCCACGCACCACGGCCCAGUACCUGGGUCAUCGGCGGCUGGACGCCGUGCCUCCGGAGGAGGGCCUCCCAGACUUUCAUCCGCCUCCUCUGCCUGAAGAAGACCCUUAUUGCCUGGAGAAUGCUCCCCCCAACCUGGGCUACCUGGUCCGCAUGCAGGGAGGCAUCCUCUAUGUGUAUGACAACAAGAAGAUGCUAGAGCGCCAGGAGCCCCACAGCCUGCCCUACCCCGACCUAGAGACCUACACGGUGGACAUGAGCCACAUCCUGGCUCUCAUCACGGAUGGCCCCACGAAGACGUAUUGUCACCGGCGACUGAACUUUCUGGAAUCCAAGUUCAGCCUUCAUGAGAUGUUAAAUGAAAUGUCUGAGUUCAAAGAGUUGAAGAGUAACCCCCACCGAGACUUCUAUAACGUGAGAAAGGUGGACACACACAUCCAUGCAGCUGCCUGCAUGAACCAGAAGCACCUGCUGCGCUUCAUCAAGCACACGUACCAGACGGAGCCCGACAGGACAGUGGCCGAGAAGCGGGGCCGGAAGAUUACCCUGCGGCAGGUGUUUGACAGCCUGCACAUGGACCCAUACGACCUCACUGUGGACUCGCUGGACGUCCAUGCGGGCCGGCAGACGUUCCACCGCUUUGACAAGUUCAACUCCAAGUACAACCCUGUGGGGGCCAGCGAGCUGCGAGACCUGUAUCUAAAAACAGAAAACUACCUAGGAGGAGAGUACUUCGCUCGGAUGGUCAAGGAGGUGGCCCGGGAGCUGGAGGAGAGCAAGUACCAGUACUCAGAGCCACGGCUGUCCAUCUACGGCCGCAGUCCCGAGGAGUGGCCCAACCUGGCCCGCUGGUUCAUCCAGCACAAGGUCUACUCACCCAACAUGCGCUGGAUCAUCCAGGUGCCCCGGAUCUAUGACAUAUUUAGGUUAAAGAAGCUGCUGCCAAGCUUCGGGAAGAUGCUGGAGAACAUCUUCCUGCCCCUUUUCGAGGCCACCAUCAACCCUCAAGAUCACCGAGAGCUUCACCUCUUCCUCAAAUAUGUGACGGGGUUUGACAGCGUGGACGACGAGUCUAAGCACAGUGACCACAUGUUCUCGGACAAGAGCCCCAGCCCAGACGUCUGGACCAGCGAGCAGAACCCGCCCUACAGCUACUACCUGUACUACAUGUACGCCAACAUCAUGGUGCUGAACAACCUCCGCAGGGAACGGGGCCUGAGCACGUUCCUAUUCCGGCCUCACUGCGGGGAGGCUGGCUCCAUCACCCACCUGGUUUCCGCUUUCCUGACUGCCGACAACAUUUCCCACGGGCUGCUCCUCAAGAAGAGUCCGGUGUUGCAGUAUCUCUACUACCUGGCCCAGAUCCCCAUUGCCAUGUCUCCUCUGAGCAACAACAGUCUGUUCCUCGAAUAUUCCAAAAACCCUCUGAGGGAAUUCCUGCACAAGGGGCUUCAUGUUUCUCUCUCCACUGAUGAUCCCAUGCAGUUUCACUACACGAAGGAAGCGCUUAUGGAAGAAUACGCAAUUGCGGCUCAAGUGUGGAAGCUGAGCACAUGUGACCUGUGUGAGAUCGCCAGGAACAGUGUGCUGCAGAGCGGCCUCUCGCACCAGGAAAAGCAAAAAUUUCUGGGACAAAAUUACUAUAAAGAAGGACCUGAAGGAAAUGAUAUUCGAAAGACAAAUGUUGCUCAGAUCCGGAUGGCAUUCCGAUACGAGACCCUGUGCAAUGAGCUCAGCUUCCUGUCUGAUGCCAUGAAAUCAGAAGAGAUCACAGCCCUGACCAACUAG